CGGAAGCGGAAGGGGCGGGGCUCCGCGCACCGAGUCUUCAGCACUGCCGCCACCGCCGCCACCGGGGCCCGAACGGGCUGGGCCGCCGAGGCAAGAUGGUGGACUACAGCGUGUGGGACCACAUCGAGGUGUCUGACGAUGAGGACGAGACGCACCCCAACAUCGACACGGCCAGCCUCUUCCGCUGGCGGCACCAGGCCCGGGUGGAGCGCAUGGAGCAGUUCCAGAAGGAGAAGGAGGAACUGGACAGAGGCUGCCGCGAGUGCAAGCGCAAGGUGGCCGAGUGCCAGCGCAAGCUGAAGGAGCUGGAGGUGGCCGAGGGCGGCAAGGCGGAGCUGGAGCGGCUGCAGGCCGAGGCGCAGCAGCUGCGCAAGGAGGAGCGGAGCUGGGAGCAGAAGCUAGAGGAGAUGCGCAAGAAGGAGAAGAGCAUGCCCUGGAACGUGGACACGCUCAGCAAAGAUGGCUUCAGCAAGGCCCAUGCCCACGCUCCCGCCUCCUUGAUGCUCAUGGCUUCGUCACCACCUCCGCCGUGGAUGGGAUGGGCGCUGCGGCCACGGCCGCCACGGCCGCGUUCGAGGUGCCCCACAGCCUUGCCCCAGCCCACUCCCCUUCUCACCCUACCACAGAGCAUGGUUAACAUCAAGCCUGAGAAGGCGGAGGAGGACUCGGAGGAGGUGAGGGAGCAGAAACACAAGACGUUUGUGGAAAAGUACGAGAAACAGAUCAAGCACUUUGGCAUGCUCCGCCGCUGGGAUGACAGCCAGAAGUACUUGUCAGACAACGUCCACCUGGUGUGCGAGGAGACAGCCAAUUACCUGGUCAUCUGGUGCAUUGACCUGGAGGUGGAGGAGAAAUGUGCGCUCAUGGAGCAGGUGGCCCACCAGACCAUCGUCAUGCAGUUCAUCCUUGAGCUGGCCAAGAGCCUGAAGGUGGACCCCCGGGCCUGCUUCCGGCAGUUCUUCACGAAGAUUAAGACGGCUGACCGCCAGUACAUGGAGGGCUUCAAUGAUGAGCUGGAAGCCUUCAAGGAGCGAGUGCGGGGCCGGGCCAAGCUGCGUAUCGAGAAGGCCAUGAAAGAGUAUGAGGAGGAAGAGCGCAAGAAGCGGCUGGGCCCCGGCGGCCUAGACCCCGUCGAGGUCUACGAGUCCCUCCCUGAGGAACUCCAGAAGUGCUUUGAUGUGAAGGAUGUACAGAUGCUGCAAGAUGCCAUCAGCAAGAUGGACCCCACUGAUGCGAAGUACCACAUGCAGCGCUGCAUCGACUCUGGCCUCUGGGUCCCCAACUCAAAGUCCAGCGAGGCCAAGGAGGGGGAGGAUGCAGGUCCCGGGGACUCGCUGCUGGAAGCCAAGCCGGGCGAUGACAAAGAUGUCAGCGUGUGAACCGCCCCAGCUGCCACCUGCCUGCCUGCAGGCCCCUGUGCCCCUCUUUUGAGAAAAUGAAAAUAGAUACCAUCUCCCUAGCUCCUGGCUUCCUCCGGUUUCGCUGCUCCCCCCAGCUCGGGGGGCCCACCCUGUCCCCACACCACUGCCCUGCUCCCCAGCACUCAUCUGAGUCUUUGCUUUGAGUCGAGGGGCUUCACUGCCUGCAGUCCCCCCCACCCCACAUCAGCAUUAUGCCAAAGGCCUGGGGGCCCGGGGGGGGGCAGAGGUCGCCAGAUUGGUCCACCAGAUGGUAGGGGGAGGGUCCCCAGCCGAGGGGCUUGUUCCCGUUACUGGGCUCUGUUUUCACUGUUUAUCUGCUGUCUGAGUCUUCUAUUUGGUAAGCGGCAGUGGUCUUCCAAUAAAGGAUUUCAGAUGCUCA